GUUGUGGCCACCAAGCUGUGGAGAGGUCUGCACUGAGCGUUGCACCUUCUUCAACGCCAGGGUCAUCAUAUUAGGACAAUAAUAUUGAAUUUUUAUUCUAUAUUUCCAAAUUUUCCCUGAUUUUUUUUUUUUUAAAUCCGUAUUUGACAAGUAAGCCCACACAAAUACUAGGUUUUAUUAGGCGCGUUAGUUUGGUGUAUAUAAAACAAAACCUAGUACUACGGAUGGAGGAAGUUGUGUCUGAGAUUUUGUUAGAGAGGAUGUCGGGGUACGAUGCGGCGAAGACAGAAAAAAUAGGGGUGUGGUGGGACAUGAAUGACUGUCCGAUUCCGGAGGGGUAUGAUGCUCGUCGGGUGCGUCCAAGUAUAGAAAGGGCGUUCAAGGAACGAGGCUACUCUGGUCCUGUCUCCAUCACUGCCUAUGCCGACCAAACACAAACCCCUAGCCACGUCCUGCGAGGGCUCUCUUCCACUGGAGUCGCUGUUGCACAUACCAGAUCCGGAAGCACGUGUUCAGUCAUGCAUCGGGAUAUGGUGGAAUGGCGAGGUCAAAAUCCACCUCCGGGUACAAUCAUGAUCAUAUCGGAUCAGGUGAAUGGUGACUUCUCCUGGGAUCUGGCCAGGCUACAACAGCGCACUAGAUACGGCCUUUUCCUGGCUUAUUCAAAGAAGCAAUGCAAUGAUUAUCUCCUGGUCUAUUUUGCAAAUUGUCGCUGGGAAAAAUUACUAGAAGAAGGAGGCGCACCACCUGUUGUUGUGGCUGGUGAAUUAUCAUCUGCUGCCAUGUUUUAUUGCAAAUCGUGCAAUUUCGAUUGCCAAAGCCUGAAGAAAUUCAGGAAGCAUCUAUCCAGUUAUAAGCAUGGAAUGGAAGACGCUAUAACACCUCCGGUCACAAAAUUCUUGUUUGCAACGAAGUCGUGGGCAAGGAGCUACCCGGCCUCGCCUGAACACGCCACAGCUAAAAUACAUGUGCUGUGGGACAUGAACGACUGCCCGAUUCCUGAGGGAUAUGAUGCUCGUCAGGUGCGUCCAAGUAUAGUAAGAGCGUUCAAGGAAAUAGGCUACUCUGGUCCUGUCUCCAUCACCGCCUAUGCCGACCAAACACAAACCCCUGUUCACCACCUUCUAGCGCUCUCUUCCACUGGUGUCGAUUUUGCACAUACCCUUCCCUGGGUCCAUUACAGUCGCAUGAUUACAGAUUUUGAAAUAUGGACGAGAGAUAAUCCUGCUCCGGCUUCAGUUAUGAUCAUAUCGGAUGAAGUGGCUUCCAGCAAGUCUCGUUCAAAAAUUAUUUGUCUGAAACUACAAAAGUUUAACUACAACUGUUUUUUGGCCUAUUCAGUUAGACCUUCUGAAACGCCACUCCUGGUCACUUCUGCAGAAUGGCUCUGGGAAAACUUACUUGCAGUUUCAGAGACAAGAAGACACAUUCUUCACAAGUGCAGUGAAAGUGAAAGAGUUGUUGCAUCUACCGGAAUGUUUUGUUGCAAAUUGUGUUUUUGUGAUUGCAAAAGCCUGGAUGCUUUCAAUAAGCAUCUCUCAAGUAAAGAACAUAGAAAGGAGGAGCACAGAAUGCUUGCGCAUACUCAAUCUUUUCGUCGCAGUCUAAGGCAAUUUAAAAUAUCCAAGUACCAUGAUCAGGUAGGAUGUCCUCCCAAACGUAUGAGGAAAGCACCCCGGAAGGGUUUUCUCCCAAGACCAUUACGUUUUACUAGACGUUGAAACUGUGUUUUACUAGACUGAAGCUCGCUCUUAUCUUCCUUUCUAGUCUUAUGUUUCCCUUUGACGUAUUUAUUUCUAGUUUCCCUUUGCUUGUUCAACCUAAUGCUUGUUUAAAUUAAAAUUAAACUGAAUUGUGUGUUUUACUCUUCUUUUUUUUUCAUUGAAUUUUUUUUUAGUAUGAUUA